AUGUCAGAUCAGGAGACGGAUAAAAUUGUUAUCCAGACAACAGCCUAUUCAUCAUCUGUGUUACUAUUCAAGCUACAAUCCUGGUUCCCUUUCCUGGUGAAAGCUGCCAAGAUGUCAACCUUGAUUUUGGGAGGGUUUUCCACCCUUCUGUUGCUUGGAAUCUACCACUUCCAAUCACAUAUUAUUUAUCCUGCUGGACUGAAUGAUGGUCAUGGCACAGUCGAUACCCCAGAUCUGUAUGGGAUGCAUGAUUAUGAGGCCAUAGACCUUGAGACAUUGGACGGCGAAACGUUAAAGGCAUUCGUCGUUCGUCAGAAUCCCAAAGCUCCUAACUACUCCAAUAAAACAGUUUUAGUGUUAUGUCCUAAUGCUGGCAAUAUCGGUCACUAUCUGUCCAUUGUCAAAUUGUUCUAUGCUCAGAUGAACUGCAAUGUCGUUAUUUACUCGUACAGGGGUUACGGUCAUUCUACAGGCAAGGCUUCAGAGAAGGGCCUCAAGAUUGAUGCUGAUACAGUCAUAAAGUACAUUUCUGAGGACGAGCAGCUUUCUAAAUCAUCACUGAUUCUGUAUGGAAGAUCUCUUGGAGGUGCAGUAGCCAUUUACAUAGCCUCCAACUAUCCCUCUCAUGUCCAUGGAAUAAUAUUGGAAAACACAUUCUUGAGCAUCCGCAAGGUUAUUCCCUAUAUUUUACCGCUACUAGGACCUGUGUCUUUUAUGUGCCAUCAGAUAUGGGAUUCUGAAUCUGCUAUCGUUAAGAUUCCUAGCAAUAUUCCCAUGUGUUUCAUGAGUGCUAAAAAGGAUGAAAUUGUUCCUCCAGCUCAUAUUACGUCGUUACAUCAGUUGAGCAAAAGUGAAUACAAAGAGUGGCAUGAGUUUCCUAAUUCUACUCACAAUGACACAGUAAUACAAGAAGAAUAUUGGGAGAAGAUUGCAGAUUUCAUACGGGACAAAGUCGCCCCCUAUGGUAGAUGA